UGCAGCCGCUGCCCACCGCGUCUUUUGUCCGCCGCCCGAACUCGCCGACCCCAUGGAGCGCCCCAUCCCGCUGCCGCUUCUGCUGCUCAGCAGCUUCUCGCUGCUGGCGGCUCGAGUGAACGCAGAGCAAGUCUCCAUGGAGGAUUGCUGUACAGACGGGAAUCAAAUGGCUAACCAGCACAGGGACUGCUCGCUGCCGUACACCUCAGAAUCCAAGGAGUGCAGGAUGGUCCAGGAACAGUGUUGUCACAACCAACUGGAGGAGCUUCACUGUGCCACGGGUAUCAACCUGGCCAGCGAGCCCGAUGGCUGCGCCACGCUCCACAACAGUAACAAUAGCCUCGAGACCAUAUUCGUAAAGAGAUGCUGCCACUGUUGCAUGCUGGGAAGGGCGGCCCAGGCUCGGGGCCAGCAGUGUGAGCCCAAUCUCAUGAUAAGCUACCAGUGUGGGCUGGUAUUCCGUGCCUGCUGCGUGAAAGGCCAAGAGAGUUCAGACUUCCCCCGUGGCGAUGGUGGGGACCUGCAGGACCCAGCUAAGAUUGCUGAUGUUGAGGAACAAGAGGACCCGUACCUGAAUGACCGCUGUCGAGGUGGCGGGCCCUGCAAGCAGCAAUGCCGGGACACCGGGGACGAGGUGGUCUGCUCUUGCUUUGUGGGUUACCAGCUGCAGUCAGAUGGUGUCUCCUGUGAAGAUAUCAACGAAUGCAUCACAGGCAGCCAUAACUGCCGACUGGGAGAAUCCUGCAUCAAUACAGUGGGCUCUUUCCGCUGCCAGCGGGACAGCAGCUGUGGGACUGGCUAUGAGCUCACAGAGGAUAAUAACUGCAAAGAUAUUGACGAGUGUGAGAGUGGUAUUCAUAACUGCCCCCCCGAUUUUAUCUGUCAGAAUACUCUGGGAUCCUUCCGUUGCAGACCCAAGCUGCAGUGCAAGAGCGGCUUUAUACAGGAUGCUCUAGGCAACUGCAUUGAUAUCAAUGAGUGUUUAAGUAUCAGUGCCCCAUGCCCUGUGGGGCAGACAUGCAUCAAUACAGAGGGCUCAUACACAUGUCAGAAGAAUGUGCCCAACUGUGGCCGUGGCUAUCAUCUCAACGAAGAGGGAACCCGUUGUGUUGAUGUGGACGAGUGCUCACCACCAGCGGAGCCCUGUGGGAAGGGCCACAACUGUUUGAACUCCCCGGGCAGUUUCCGCUGCGAGUGCAAGGCUGGAUACUAUUUUGAUGGCAUCAGCAGGACCUGUGUGGACAUCAAUGAGUGCCAGCGCUAUCCCGGGCGCCUGUGUGGCCACAAGUGCGAGAACACGCCAGGCUCUUACCAUUGCAGCUGCUCUGCGGGCUUCCGGCUGUCUGUGGACGGCCGGUCUUGUGAAGAUGUGAAUGAAUGCCUCAGCAGCCCCUGCAGCCAGGAGUGUGCUAAUGUCUAUGGCUCCUACCAGUGUUACUGUCGCCGAGGCUACCAGCUCAGUGACUUGGACGGGGUCACCUGCGAAGAUAUUGACGAGUGUGCCCUGCCCACUGGGGGCCACAUCUGCUCCUACCGCUGCAUCAAUGUCCCCGGAAGCUUCCAGUGCAGCUGCCCCUCAUCUGGCUACAGGCUAGCCCCCAAUGGUCGCAACUGCCAAGACAUUGACGAGUGUGUGACUGGUAUCCACAACUGCUCCAUCAAUGAGACUUGCUUCAACAUCCAGGGCAGCUUCCGCUGUCUGUCCUUUGAAUGCCCCGAGAACUAUCGCCGCUCCGCAGACACUUUCCGCCAAGAGAAGACAGACACUGUCCGCUGCAUCAAGUCCUGCCGCCCCACCGAUGAGGCCUGCAUGCGAGACCCUGUGCACACCAUCUCCCACACGGUCAUCUCGCUGCCCACCUUCCGAGAGUUCAGCCGUCCUGAGGAGAUCAUCUUUCUGAGGGCUGUCACACCGCUGUACCCUGCCAACCAGGCCGACAUCAUCUUUGAUAUCACAGAAGGGAACCUGCGGGACUCCUUUGAUAUUAUCAAACGCCACGAGGACAGCAUGACUGUGGGUGUCGUGCGCCAAGUGCGGCCCAUCGUGGGCCCAUUUUAUGCUGUCCUGAGGCUGGAGAUGAACUACGUGGUAGGGGGCGUGGUCUCCCACCGGAAUGUCGUCAAUGUGCACAUCUUUGUCUCUGAGUACUGGUUCUGA